AACGACAAAUAUGCCUUUAGCUAAAGAUCUCCUUCAUCCUUCAAUGGAACAAGAACGUUGCCGACACAAGAAGAAACGACUUGUUCAAAGUCCUAACUCAUACUUCAUGGAUGUUAAAUGUCCAGGUUGUUACAAAAUCACUACAGUUUUUAGUCAUGCACAAACUGUUGUCUUGUGCGUAGGUUGCAACUAUGUACUCUGUUCGCCAUCGGGUGGCAAGGCUCGCCUUACGGAAGGUUGUUCAUUUCGCAAGAAACGAGAUACACCAUUGGCACGCAAAGAUGAGAUGGACCGAAAUUAA